AUGCCCAUAUCAGAUGCAGAUCGAAUCAAAAUCGAGGAGCUUCGUGGUCUAGUCAAAGAGCAUCUCACUCCUUACUACGACACUGACUUCAAUCUGCUCCGUUGGCUCAAAGGGCAUGACUACAACCUGGAUGUGAUUGUACCAAAAUUGACUAAUCAUCUCCUGAUGAGAAAAGGAGUGUGGGACCUCGAUAAUCUGCCUGAUAAACCUAGAAAUCAUGCAGUGCACAAACACUGGAAGUCUGGUUUAACUGAUGAAGCAAAGAAAACACCAAACUGUAUUGUGAAUAUUGAACAAACUGGAGGCAAUGACUACUGGGGCAUGUCGAACGUCCAUCCGAUCAACGAGAUUCUGAAAGCUCGAAUGCAUGAUUUGGAGAGUAUGCUGCGAGCCGUAAUGAAACUGGAAGAGAGAACCGGAGAACAAUGCGCAGUGCUGUACGUCAUGGAUCUGACCGGACUGAAAAUGGAUAGAAAUGUGAUGACGCUGAUAACAGGCGGGCUCGCUUGUAUAUCAGCUUUUAUGGCUGAGCAUUAUGUAGAAAUGGUGCACAGCUUUGUACUGGUCAACGUCCCAACUUUUAUAAGUGCAUUAUGGACCGUUGCUCGACCGUUGCUCCCCGAGAAGACACGAAACAAAGUGAACAUUCUUGGAUCCAACUGGAAGCAAGAUAUCUUGGAGUUGGCAGAUCCAUCGUGUUUGCCUACAUACUGGAAUGAGGACGACCUUGAUGGCCCAUUUCUCGCUUCAAUCGAACGAGGCGUACCAUACUCUCCCGAGGAAUACUACAAAGGAACUGUUCCUGCAAAUGCUCAGACAUUGCAUAUCCCAGCUGGUAAAAGCGGCUAUGUAGAUAUUGAAGCAAAACAGGAGUCAAACUUGUCAUGGGAAAUCCAUGCCAAUGGUCAUUUCGCAUGGACUAUCUACGAAGUCGACAAGGAUAGCGAUGCUAUCGAAACGAUUAAGAUGAAGAAGGUUUAUCCUCUUUUCAGUAAAAUUCCUGGACCUACGUUAGUGCCAAUGACCGAAACGAUGCAAGUGCGAAAGACUGGACUAUAUCGGUUCUGGUUUGGGAAUCAACACGCUUGGUUCCACACGCUCAAGAUUCAGUAUGUCAUUGAAGCAGGCAAACAAGACUCAUGA